CAAAAAAACAAGAAAAAGAAAAGAAACCAAAACAAAGCAAGCCGACCCCAAAUCCCCCCGAAGCGCAGGCGAGGGAGGUGAGCGGCGGAGCUGCUGCUCGGCGGCUGCGGGACUCGGCGGGACGCGGCGGGACACGGUUCUUUCUCCGGCACCCGGUCGGGUCGGACACAAAGUGCCGUCCAGCUGGAAUGAAUAUAUCUGAGUCUAACUACUGCCGAGAGGAGAUAUCGCAACCCCGGGGCGACUGUUCAUGGGUCACCGCCGCCGUGCCGGCCGCUGAGCCCGGGCUCGCCUUCCCCGCGCCCCCGGGAGCCGCCUCCCCCGCCAGCCGCACGCCCAGCCCCGAGCCCGGCUUCGCUUUCGGCCCCGGCCCCGGAGCGGCCCCCGGUGCGGCCCCCGGCGCGGCCCCCAGCCGCACGCCCAGCCCCGAGCCGGGCUAUGGAUACAGCCCCCCGGCUGGCCGCGCCGAGGGCAAGGCUGGAGAGGAUUCCCGCAUCCGCCGGCCCAUGAACGCAUUCAUGGUCUGGGCCAAGGAUGAGCGCAAGAGGCUGGCUCAGCAGAACCCCGACCUGCACAACGCCGUGCUCAGCAAGAUGCUGGGCCAGUCAUGGAAAGCCCUGAGCGCCAGUGACAAACGUCCCUUUGUGGAAGAGGCCGAGCGGCUGCGAAUCCAACACCUCCAGGAUCACCCCAACUACAAGUACCGCCCAAGGAGAAAGAAGCAAGCCAAGAAAAUCAAGAGGAUGGAACCCAAUAUCCUCCUGCAUAACCUUUCCCAGCCUUGCAGUGACAACUUCAGCAUGAGUCACCAUGGCAGCAGCCAGCCGGGCCACCCCCAGCCUCCCCCACUUAACCACUUCAGAGAACUCCACUCCAUGGGGUCGGAUAUUGAAAACUAUGGCUUGCCAACUCCCGAGAUGUCUCCCUUGGAUGUCUUGGAACAGACCGAGCCGGCCUUUUUCCCUCCUCACAUGCAGGAUGACUGCAACAUGAUGCCCUUUCGAGGCUACCACCACCAUCACCAGAUGGAGUUUCCCCAGGAGAAGUGCAUGGGGCGGGACGUGGCGGUGCCCUACGCGCAGACCCCCUCGCACUUGGCCGACGCCAUGAGGACUCCCCAUCCCUCCAGCCUAUACUACAACCAGAUGUGCUCGGGAACUCAGAACGGGCUUUCAGCCCACCUGGGCCAACUCUCCCCCCCCCCAGAAGCCCACCACAUGGAGAGCGUGGAUCACUUGAACCAAACCGAGCUGUGGACGGACGUUGACCGCAACGAGUUUGACCAAUAUUUGAACAUGAGCAGGACUCGUCCCGAAGCCUCGGGACUUCCUUAUCAUGUCUCCCUCUCCAAAGUGACUCCUAGAAGCAUCUCCUGUGAGGAGAGCAGCUUGAUAUCUGCCCUGUCCGACGCCAGCAGCGCCGUUUACUAUAGCCCCUGCAUCACCGGUUAGGUUGGCCCCGAGGUCCUUGCACCAGGAGAGUCCUGACUCUCCUCUGGAAAAAAAAGGCAGAAAAAGAAAAAAAAAAAAGAAAAAAAAAAAAAAAAGCCAUCCUCCUUUAACCACGAGCUCCAUAAUAUUUAGAGUAUCUCAUUAAAUGCAUCGCUUUCUUUGGGUUUUGUUCGGUUUGGGGUUUGUUUUGGGUUUCUUUUUGGUUUUGUUUUUAGAGAACAAACAUGCUGAACUCACUGAUAUACCAUAUACCUAUAACCACAGAUAGACGCCUUUUCCCACCCCCCUCUCCAUCCAGCCCCCCCUGGAGCUGCAGCUCCCACCACCUCCAAGGGGAUUUUUGAAGCCCAUUUGAAUAAAUCCUGCCUGAAACAACCAGCACCAAGAAGAGGCAAAGCAAACUGCCCCCCCCUGCUUAACCCGAGGGCAGGAGAACUUGUGGGGAGGGGGAAAUAAUUUAGGAAGACUUUGCCAGGGCUGUUAAAGAGUUGGCACCCUAUAGGGGUGGGUUUUAGGACAGUUUUUACUGUAUUCUCAGCAAUAUAUUUUAAUUGGGCAACAAAACUAUAUUUUUACUAAGCAUUUUUAUAUAUAAAAUGGUAUUUAAUGUCUUUCGGGGUUGUUUUUUGGUUUUGUUUUUUUUUUAUUAGACUUUUUAAAAAUAAAUCAAGGGAUAUCCAUGAGAUCUAAAGCAUUUAUGUAGCAAAGCUGGAUUUUAAGGAAAAAAAAAACAAAAAAACAAACAAAAAAAAAAAACCAAGGGGGAGGGGGAAGGGGAUAUUUUGUGAAAAGGGAAUGACAAUGUAAAUAUUGUGGCACAAUUGACUGGAAUUUUGUACAAAAGAAAAAUAUGACUGCAAACACUUUUAUUGUCUAGAACUGUACGGAGAGCAAACUGUUUUAUACUGGUUAAUUAUUAAAACAUCUUCAUAUAAUUGCUCCCAUCUUGUGUGCUUGUUGUGUGAACACAUAUUUUCCGCAAAUACAUGUUGUCCCAACCAUU